CUUCAAGUGUCACGUGACUAUCAGCUGACCCCUUCCGGAAGAGUGGAGGGAUUGUCAACAAAAACCUCUGCAAAGUUAUGAGCUGAAAGUUGCGUUUAACUCUUUUACCCGUCACAUUUUGUAAAGGACACUUUAGCUUGUGAAAAGUCGACAGGUCGUUUCCCUUUAUGCACAAAGGAAUCAGCUAAAAGAACCCAAUAGAGUUGGGAAGAUGUCCACUACCCCUUCUGUCCUCCUAAACACUGGGGUUGAGAUGCCCAUCAUAGGUCUGGGUACAUAUAAGUUGGUAGGUCCUGAAGAUGUCUACCAGGCCGUGGAUGCUGCCCUGGUCGCUGGUUAUCGUUCCAUUGACAGUGCAGCUGUCUACAGGAAUGAAGCUGACUUGGGGAGAGCCCUGAAAGAGCUCCUACCCAAACAUGGCUUGGGUAGAGAGGAUGUAUUCAUAACCAGCAAGCUGGGCCCCAAGGAUCAGGGUGAAAGAGCCAUAGAAGGAGCCCUUCAAAGCCUGUCUCAGCUGGAUUUGGGUUACAUUGACCUUUACCUGAUCCACUGGCCUGGCACACAGGGCAUGGAUGUAACUGACCAACGUAACCCAGGCAACAGAGCUCAGAGUUGGUCCACACUGGAGGAGCUGCAUGCCCAGGGGAAACUGAGGGCCAUAGGAGUGUCCAACUACACACCAGCUCAUAUGAAAGAACUGAUGCAGAGCUGCAGAAUUCCUCCUGCAGUGCUACAGGUGGAGUUUCACCCACAGCUGUGCCAAACAGAGCUAAGGAAUGUGUGCCAGGAGUAUGGAGUGUGUUUCCAAUCCUACUCCUCCUUAGGAAAGGGAGAGCUCGUCAUUAACCCUGUUGUCAUGGAAGUGGCAAAGAACUGUGGACGUACUCCUGCACAGGUGCUUUUGCGCUGGGCUGUGCAGCAGGGGAUACCGGUGCUCCCCAAGUCGUCAAAUCCAGACAGAAUAAAGGACAAUGCCAGGAUUUUUGACUUCACACUGAGUGACGCAGACAUGGAUAAACUUUUAGCUUUGGACUGUGGGCACAAGUACUGCUGGGAUGCAUCACAAGUGGUAUGACAGGCCUCUAUUGGAACAAAUAUUGUCCUCUUGAAGCUGGCUGUUCUUCAGAUCUGACUUGCAGUGAUGCAGUAGUGAGACAUAACCAACUAGAACCGUGAGAAACUACAGUUCAGACACAGCUAGAUAAUCUGUAAUUAGCUUCUUCUGCACUGCAAGAAGACUUUGCAUGACAGAAAUAACUUGGCUUCUUACUUGCAUCUGAACGUAGGCAAAACAUUUGACUGGAAACAGUCUAUUGCUUUAGUUUAAUAAUGGUAUGAUAUUUUUUGUUGUCUCAUAGUGCUCUUAUAUCAAACUCUUACAACAAAAGGCCUUUCUUUUCUGUGUUUCGCGUCUGGUACGGUCAGUGAAUGACCAAUCGUCAAUGAUUAAAAUAUAAUAACUUGCAAAA